ACUCGCUUGAGUCACAACAAAGAUUUUAUUUUACUCAAUUUAUUUAUUGUUAAGAGUUAAAAAUAAGAAUACAUACGAUGCAUAACUUGGAUUCAGACAGUGAAGAUGAAUUGCCUCCAGGUUGGGAGGAAAAAUCCACCGAAGAUGGAAGUGUUUACUUUGUAAACACAUGCACUACCAAAACCCAAUGGACUCAUCCACGCACAGGCCGUAAGAAAGUUAUACCAAAAGAAUUGCCCUUUGGCUGGUCGAAAACUGUAGAUGAAGAGGGGAAGACUUUAUACGUUCAGCAGGAAACUGGCCACAAGACUUAUGUGGAUCCCCGACUAGCUUUUGCUAAGGAGGAGAAAAAACAUGUGCAUGAUUUUAGGCAGAGGUUUGAUGGAUCUUCGACUGCAUUUCAAAUUUUGCAUGGUGUAGAUUUAUCUGGAAAAUAUGCCAUGAUAACUGGGUGCAACACAGGCAUUGGGUAUGAGACAGCAAAGUCUCUUGCGCGCCAUGGAUGCAAGAUUUUAUUGGCCAAUCGCAAUAUGGAAGCCACCCAAACAGCCAUAGAGAACAUUGUGAAAGAAACAAACGCUGCCGAAGAAAAUUUAAAAGCCAUUCAACUUGAUUUGUCAUCCUUACAAAGUGUGAAAAAAUGUGCAAUUAUGGUGAAAACAUUAUUUUCAGAUCAUCUUGAUAUGCUGAUACUGAAUGCUGGAGUGUUUGGUAUACCUUUCACAGAGACUGAAGACAACUAUGAGACAACAUUCCAAGUGAACCAUCUCAGCCAUCUGUAUCUGGCCAUUUUGUUGGAACCACUACUUAAAAAGGGCUCAAAGGUGAUUUUUGUUUCUUCAGAGUCCCAUCGUUUUGCCAGCCUAAAGAACCUGUUUGCACAGCAAAGCCUUUCGAUGUCUAAGGACCAGUACAGUGCAAUGAUGGCUUACAACAAUUCUAAACUCUUCAACGUUAUAACUGCAAAGAUUCUGAGCGAGGAAUGGAAAGGCAAAGGCAUUUGCGUGAACUCACUUCACCCGGGCAACAUGGUCUACACAAACCUGAGCAAGUCUUGGUGGCUGUACAGGCUAGCAUUCAUGUUUGUCCGACCUUUCACCAAGUCUUGGCAACAAGCAGCCGCCACGACGGUGUACGUAGCCACGGCGGCGGAGCUCGAAGGCGUCACGGGCCUGUAUUUCAACAACUGCUUUUACUGUGAAGAGUCCGCUUUAUGCAGGGACAAGGAUAUAGCAAAUGAAGUCUUCGCUUUGUCGCUAAGAAUGAUAGAACAACGCGUCGGCCCCGAUGGCCUUCAGAAAUAUUUGCAGAAAUAUUGCCCACCUAGUAGUGGUGGUGUUCAGGCUUAAGGCCCGUUUACAAAAUGUAUAGAAAACCGUGAUGUGCGAUAUCGUAUAAUUUAUUUAUAUUGUGUUAAUAUUUUAAUAGUCGUUUACUCUUUGGGUGCGAAAUUGGUUUUGUGAAUAUAGAUGGUCAAGCAGAUCUCAGUAGAAAAAGGCUGCAAAUUUUGAGUACCGUUGCUUUUAUGUAGUCUAAAGUUAAAGCCGUAAAUUUGGUGCGGUCAAAAUAUCUCUUUCUCGCUCUAACAGCUGCGUCUGUAACUCACUUACGGCGACUAAUUUACACACUAUCGAUACGUGCGGUAGUGUCUUACGGAAGUAGGUACCUAUGUAAGUUUUUAUGCAUUUAUUACUUCAGUAUAUUAUUUAAAAGGAAAAAGGUGCUAUAAUUCUAUUAAGGAUAA